UUUUAACAUUAGAGUCCAUUUCAGACUAUUAUAUUUCCUAAGACUUCUUACGUCUGUUUUUUCAGGCAUGGAGGUAGGAGCUUCCUCUCAGAACACCUGCUUGUUGCCCUAACUAGUUAUGAGAGGUUCUUGGCCCACCUAUACCUUUUUGAGAGCAGAACUGAGUUCCUUGUUAUUUCUUUAACCAUAUCUCACAGAGUCCUAGGAAGUGGACAGCUGUAGGAAGUGAAAGAAAGAAUUCCGAAAUUGCUCCUCGUUUUAUGGUUCUCUUCUGGACAAUACGUGGUAUUUUCUGGCUGUUAAACCGAAGUUAACCUAAGAGCUGUCAGAAUCUGAGCUUAGAACUUAAUGAGGUUAUUUUGUUAUCUCCUUUAAAUUUCUUUGAAACCAAAGCCCAAGUCUAGGUGUUGCUGCAAUUCACUGGGGACGUGGUCCCAGGAAGCAAGGGUGGGGAGGCAGGCAGCCUGAGGUGGACGAGAAAAGCCAGUGCAAAUACGUGUGAUCAAGUUUCCUACGAUGGGCAUUCUGGGCUCGAUUCCAGCUGAACCCCCUGAGAAGCCAACCCAAUCCCUUUUAACUGUUCACAUCUCGAAGGGCUGGGAGGCAGGCGCACUCCUCCUUCGCUUCCCUCCCGCACAGGCGGCUCCUGGAUGUCAUGUGCCCUGGGAACUAAGCAGAAAGGGUGCCAGAGACAUCUCCUACAUCUGUUGGUGGGAGCUUAAAACGAUGGGAAAUUGGAGAAGUCUUCUCUGGAGAGAUGUAACAGCCCAAGAAGGAAGCUUUAUAGAUUGUGACACUGUAGAAAUCUCCAGGUGGCACAUGUUGCUAACAGCCUACGUGACCUUUCUCCGCCUCCUAAGACCCCACUUGGAUUGGAGGCAGCAACGCAUUCAGCUAAAAGAGCAGAUGCCGUGGUCUUUAUAGCCAGAUGGGGCCAGUGUUUCACAUCUUGCCAAAAUGCAUGAGCAGAUUAUUGCACGGGCUUCUCGGAAGAGACGGGGACCCUCCUUUCUCUGCCGUCCUCCUUCCUGCUCCCUGUAAUGCGGACGCAAUGGUCGGAGCCUACACAACUGCCUGGACCACGGAGCGCUGCACGGAGAGAGAAGUGUCCUGAUGUGGAUGUUGCCUGCGUCCUCGGGGUGGGGACUUGUCAGACAGGUCCUGCCCUUCCCAACCCGGACUUCUGCUGUGUGAACGAGAAAUAACUUUUAUUUUAUGAAUCAUCUGUCACCUUGAGUUCUCGUAUGUUCAACCAAAUCUUAUCCCAACUAAUGCAUCACACGAAGUGUCUGGAGCACACCCCACCUCCCCGCAGGGAGGGUCAUCGGUUCACAAGUCCUGGCCGUGCUCCCAGAGCCUCCCGGCAGCUCUCUGCUCUCUCAUUCUUGAAUAGAUGGCACAGCACAAAGGAUCCAAACAUGGGAGAACAUUUUCCAGUGUUAAACACAGACACCCAGAAAGAAACUUUGAAGAAACAGAGACAAUUCUGGGAGUAAAAGAAGAUGUCAAGAUAAACUUAAAAAUACUAUAAGUUCUCAAAAGAUAAGCCAUAUUUCACAUCCAAACACCCCUUAAAAAUGUGAGAAAAAGAAAAAGUAAAAUAUUCAGAGAACAUUGGAAACUAAAAAUAUAGCUGAAAUAAGAAACAUAAUUGUUGGGCUGGGAAAUAAUGUUGACAGAAAACGGUAGUAGAUAUAUUAGGAGCAAAGAGAUUCAAUCCAAGAGUUCCGAUAGAUAUAUGGAUUCCAGAACGAGGAAGGAAAAUCGGGUUGGAAGAAAUUAUCAAAUAACAUAGGAAAGUGCCCUUGAGGUUUUCAUAAUGACAGAACUGCUUACGCCCAGCCAUGUUAACGCAAAAAAGAAAAGAGAAAAAAAGAAAAAAGGAAAACCACAUCAAAAGACAUCAUUAUGAAAUUUUAGGAUAUCUGCAUAAAGAGAAUAUUUCCAACAUUUUUCAGAAGCAAAAAUAUCAAGAAUCAGAACAAAAGACUCCCCGGCAACAAUAGCACAUUCUAGAAAACAAGGGAAGACUACCUUCCACGUUCUAAAGAAAAUUUAUUUCAGCCUCAAAUUCUACGGACACACCCUCGAUCAAGUGUCAGGAUGGAAUGAGGGACCUUCUGAGGCAUGAAAAGAUUCCAAACAUUCAUUUUCCUUGCACUCUUUCUUAGACCAACCACCCCCAUCUCGCUUGGCUGUCUACACGUGUAUUUGCUCCCAUCGGCCAGAUUUCCUGCGCUUCAUUUCUGCUGUGCUACCUGCUUCCUAUGGCCUCCCUCCACACAUCCUCUCUGGGGUUCAAAUCCUACCCAUUCUUCAAGACGCAGCGGAAGCCCCACCUGCCUGUUGCGGCCAGGACCUCCAUUAACAGCGACCCACUCCCCCUACCCUUCUCAAGCUCUGGAAUCUUCCCUGUACAUUUUGCCCCUUGCCUGUGUCUGGCAUUCACGUCUGUGUAUGUCUGAAUUCUCCAACGAGAUUGGAACAGUAUCUUCUUCAUGCUUCCAUUUAUGGUGACGGGCAAAUACAGGUGCCCAACGAACAUGUGAAGUUUGUCCUAGUUAAUUAGGGUAUUCUGAUUCCUGAGUCCCGUGUCCUUUCACAACCCCUUUCUAUCCAAGAUAUUUGGGAAGUUCGUUCAAAAGAAAAUUAUAAGCUCUCAAGAAUUUCAAACAUAGGAAAACCUCCCAACUUCACAAGGACAAAAGUAACUUGGAGGCCGACUUGGUGUUCUAUUCCAUUCAGUAACGAGCAAUGAUUGCAAUGAUUGUGUUUACUAAAAAAAAACAAAAAAAAAACCAAAAAACUGCAGAUCAUGAUUGCAAAACCAAGUCAACCUAAGGGGAAAAAAAAAGCAUAUCAUGACACACUUCAUGGCAAGUGGUCCUUGCCUGUUACGAAUUAAAUAACGAUACAAGCCAAUUCAUGCCACGUCUCACUGUUGUUUUCUAAAUUCUGUGGCAACAGAGACAGGCUUCAACUGAAAAGAGAGAGGAAUGAAGAGCCUUCUGCUUCUGUUUUUGCUCUGUGUAACGUUUUGCUCCGCGUUUCCUACAGCCCGAAAGAUGGACCCUGAGGAGACCAUGCACCUGGCACAGGCGUAUCUCAACCAGUUCUACUCUCUUGAAAUAGAAGGGAGUCAUCUUGUUCAAAGCAAGAACAGGACUCUCAUAGAUGGCAAAAUUCGGGAAAUGCAAGCAUUUUUUGGAUUGGCGGUGACUGGACAGCUGGACUCAAACACUCUUGCAAUCAUGACGACACCCAGGUGUGGCGUGCCUGAUGUGGGUCAGUAUGGCUACACUCUCCCGGGGUGGAGGAGACACAACCUCACAUACAGAAUCGUAAACUACACUCCAGAUAUGUCACGAGCAGACGUGGACGAGGCUAUCAGGAAUGGCCUAGAAGUGUGGAGCAGGGUUACUCCACUAACAUUCACCAAGACUUCCAGGGGGAUCGCAGACAUCAUGAUUGCCUUUAGGACCCGAGUCCACGGUCGGUGUCCUCGUUACUUCGACGGCCCCUUGGGGGUCCUCGGCCACGCCUUCCCUCCCGGGCUGGGUCUGGGUGGAGACACUCACUUUGAUGAGGAUGAAAACUGGACCAAGGAUGGAGCAGGAUUCAACUUAUUUCUUGUGGCGGCUCAUGAAUUUGGCCACGCACUGGGGCUCUCGCACUCCAAUGAUCAGACAGCUUUGAUGUUCCCAAAUUAUGUCUCCCUGGAUCCUAACAAAUACCCGCUUUCUCAGGAUGAUAUCAACGGAAUCCAAUCCAUCUAUGGGAGUCUACCCAAGGCAUCUGCUAAGCCAAAGGGACCCACUGUCCCCCAUGCCUGUGACCCUGAUUUGACUUUUGAUGCUGUCACCACUUUGCGCAGAGAAGUAAUGUUCUUUAAAGGCAGGCACGUAUGGAGGAUCUAUUAUGACAUCACUGACGUUGAAUUUGAACUAAUCUCUUCGUUCUGGCCAUUGCUGCCAACGGAUAUUCAAGCUGCAUAUGAGAACCCCAAAGAUAAGAUUCUAGUUUUUAAAGAUGACAACUUCUGGAUGAUCAGAGGAUAUGCAGUCUUGCCAGAUUAUCCCAAAUCGAUCCAUACACUUGGCUUCCCAAGACAUGUGAAGAAAAUCGAUGCGGCUGUCUGUGACCACAGCCUAAGAAAAACCUACUUCUUUGUGGGCAUCUGGUGCUGGAGGUUUGAUGAAGCGACCCAAACCAUGGACAAAGGGUACCCACGGAGGGUGGUGAAGUACUUCCCAGGAAUUGGUCUCCGAGUUGACGCCGCCUUCCAGUAUAAAGGAUUCUUCUAUUUCUUCCGUGGAUCAAAGCAGUUUGAAUAUGACCCUAAGGCAAAGAACAUUACCAGAAUGAUGAAAACCAAUACUUGGUUUCAGUGCAAAGAACCAUUAAACUCAUCAUCUGAUUUUAGUGUCAGUGAGGAAGAAGUACACUCCGGAGGAGUAGAGAUGUUUUAUCGUACGAAUGUAAACUUGCUUAUUUUCAGUAUUGUUCAUGUGCUAAAAAUAUAUAUAUAGUUGUCAAUAAAUUCAUAGACCUAAAAUAAACCUCAAGAGGUCUUUUCGUCUGAACUCUGCUUCACAGUGGAAUAGAACUGUUGUUGAAUGUAAGCUGCCCAACCUGGUUCUAAAUAUCUAUUGCAUAAAGACUCAACACAUACUUUGAGCUGCCUGACUCUUUUUACAGGAAGUUAUGAUGUAUAAGCAAAACUCGCACUGUAUCGUAAGCCUACUUUGUGUUUGUGGACUUGGAUAAGUAAGCCAUGUGUCUUAUAAUAACUAAAUACUACAGACAUUUAUUAAACCAAUCUUUAGCAUCCUA